GAUCCGCGUAUCGUCGCACAGCUGAACCUCCUCCGGAGAAGGUCUCUCUGUAGUUGCCGGUUAGCGUCAUGUCGGGCGUUGUGGAUACUAAAUUGUACGACAUCCUCGGAGUUUCGCCGUCUGCGUCUGAAAAUGAACUUAAAAAGGCCUACCGCAAAUUGGCCAAAGAGUAUCACCCUGACAAGAACCCUGAAGCUGGAGACAAGUUUAAAGAGAUAAGUUUUGCAUAUGAGGUAUUGACAAACCCAGAAAAAAAGGAGCUUUAUGACCGCUAUGGAGAGCAAGGCUUACGGGAGGGAGGAGGAGGAGGACCUGGCAUGGAGGAUAUCUUCUCUCACAUUUUUGGUGGAGGACUGUUUGGGUUCAUGGGGGGACAAGGAAGAGGACGCAAUGGAGGCAGGAGGAGAGGAGAUGAUAUGGUACACCCGCUGAAGGUUUCACUUGAAGACUUGUACAAUGGUAAAACCACAAAACUGCAGCUCAGUAAGAAUGUGCUGUGUAGUGCCUGUAAUGGUCAGGGUGGUAAGGCAGGAGCUGUGCAGAAGUGUGUAGCAUGCAGAGGACGGGGCAUGAGAAUCAUGAUUAGACAGCUGGCCCCAGGAAUGGUUCAGCAGAUGCAGUCAGUCUGCACAGAUUGCAAUGGGGAGGGUGAAGUGAUAAAUGAAAAGGACCGCUGCAGAAAGUGUGAGGGUCAUAAAGUCUGUAAGGAGACUAAGGUUCUUGAAGUUCACGUGGACAAAGGCAUGAGACAUGGACAGAAGAUCACAUUCACUGGAGAAGCUGACCAAGCACCAGGCAUGGAACCAGGGGAUAUAGUUCUGGUGCUGCAAGAGAAAGAACAUGAGGAUUUCCGCCGUGAUGGCAGCGAUCUUCACAUGGUUCAUCGUAUCGGCCUGGUUGAGGCUCUGUGCGGCUUCCAGUUCACAGUCACACACCUCGACGGACGUCAGUUGCUUGUUAAAUACCCACCUGGAAAGGUCAUUGAGCCAGAUGAAGAGAAGUUAACGGAGCCACUGUAG